AUGCAGUCCCGUAGAUGUGCAGACCCUCAUCUCGUACGAAUAGAUGCAAAAAGAUGGCAGGGUCCUUUGUUCUAUCCGUUUAGGUGCUCUUAUAUCGCGUGGAAUCGAGAUAUUAUGUCGUUUUACAAGUACAAGGAUAUCAUAGAGGAAGGGGACUUUGUUCUUGCCUUCAUUGGAAGAGGGAACUUGAAGCAUAUAACAGUUACUCCAGGCUCUGUGUUGAACACUAGAUAUGGUAGCUUCGAGCACGAGAGAAUGAUCGGAAUGAAAUUUGGUGAUCAGAUGAGUGGAGCCAGGGGAGUUGGAUUCAUCCACUUGUUGCACCCAUCUCCAGAAUUGUGGACCAUUUCCUUACCUCAUCGUACUCAGAUUGUGUACACGCCGGACUCUUCUUACAUCAUGCAAAGACUAGGAGUUACCACUGGAACCAGAGUGAUAGAGGCAGGUACUGGGUCUGGAUCCUUUUCACAUUCGUUCGCCAGAACCGUUGGAUCAGAGGGGGUGUUGUUUUCAUACGAGUUCCACGAACCAAGGUUUUUGGAAGCGAAGAAGGAGUUCCAAGAGCAUGGCUUGCUCGAUGUGAACACCUUGAUAACACACAGAGAUGUUUGCAAUGGAGGGUUUGAGAUAGAGUCGAUUCCUGAAAGGUUCAGCUCGGACUGCAAGUCCGUGAACGCAGACGUUGUAUUCUUGGAUUUGCCUUCUCCGUGGACCGCCAUCCCACACUUGCAAAAGGUCAUAGCCAAGAGGUCCAGAGUGGGGAUCUGCUGCUUUUCCCCAUGUAUCGAGCAAGUUGAAAAGACCGUAAAGGCGCUCCAGGAAAACGGCUGGAGCAGCAUUGAAAUGGUGGAAGUUGCAGGUAAAAGAUGGGAGGCCAGAAAGGAAAUGGUCAAGGAUAUCUCCGACGUGGUCAAGCGUCUUAAGGACAUCCAGUCCAGAAAAUCCCAGGGCAUUGAAAACAGAAGGCACGCCAAGGUUGUCGGCGAAAAGAGGGAAAUAAGUGAAGUCAACGACGAAGAUAGCGGAUCUGAGCCAAAGAAGUUUCAGAACUUGGGGAAGGGCUUCAAUCCAUUCGGAAAGGGACUCAGAGUCAAGGAAGGAGAUGACCAGUGGACAUGGACAAACGUCACCAAGAUAGAGGCUGACAUAAAGAGUCAUACCUCGUAUCUUACAUUUGCAUAUAUGAAUCCAAACGUUAGAAUCGCUGAGUUCCCAAAGCAAACCACGACGAAUGAAUCAAGCUAG